AUGGCGGACAACACGCCCACUACAGCCAGCGACCUACUUAAAGGCGCUCAAUCCCAAGCUGCCAAAACCCCCGAGGAAAUCGCGAAAGAAUACGACCUCCUACCCAAACUCGUCACGCAUCUGGAUCGCCAUUUAAUAUUCCCGCUGCUGCAGUUCGUCGCGGAUCAGGAUGAGGAGGGCGAGGCGGCGCAUUUCACAAAGGCCAAGUAUGAGCUGUUGAAUAAGACGAAUAUGACGGAUUAUGUGGCCACGCUUUAUUGUGAGAUGGAAGGAGUACAGGAUCCGCCAAAGGAGUUCGCGGCCAAGAGGCAGCAGGUGCUGGAUCAGUUGGAGAAGUAUAGUCAGGAGAGUGAGAAGAUCACCGACUUACUUGGGAGAGAGGAUGUUGUUACCGGCCUCAGGAGUGAUAAGGUUGCUAACUUGGAGUUCUUGAAGAAGGAGCACGAUGUCACUAUUGAGGAGGUCAAUGUUCUUUAUGACUUUGGCAACUUUCAAUACAGCUGCGGUAACUACCAAGCUGCAGCCGAGCUUCUCUACCAAUUUCGAGUCCUGUCUACCGACAACGACAAAGUCUCUGCCGCGACCUGGGGAAAGCUAGCGUCUGAGAUCCUAACCGGAAACUGGGAGUCUGCGAUGGAGGAAGUCCAAAAAGUAAAGGAAUCGAUUGAUACCAAACUCUUCAGCAACCCCCUCGCACAACUCACCCACCGCACCUGGCUCAUCCACUGGGCACUUUUCCCUUUCUUCAACUACGAACCCGCACGCGAUACAAUCUGCGAGCUCUUUUUCUCUGCUCCAUUCAUCAACACCAUUCAAACCGCCUGCCCCUGGAUCCUGCGCUACUUGACCGCCGCAGUCAUCACGAACCGCAGCCGCACACGCAACACUGGCCAAUACCAAAAGCAACUCAAAGACAUCAUCCGCAUCGUCAAGCAAGAAAACUACGAAUACAGCGACCCGGUCACCGACUUCAUCAAGGCUCUAUACAUUGACUUUGACUUCGAGGAAGCGCAGAAGAAGCUCUCAGAAGCUGAGGAGGUCCUACGUUCCGACUUUUUCCUCGUGGCAGCAUCAGACUCUUUCGUCGAAGCCGCUAGACAUCUGAUCUCCGAGAGCUACUGCAAGAUCCACCAGCGUAUCGAUAUCAAGGACUUGAGCGCGCGGUUGGGUCUGAACCAGGAUGAGGGCGAGAAAUGGAUCGUCAAUUUGAUUAGAGAUACGAGGGUAGAUGCAAAGAUUGAUUAUAAGGAAGGAACUGUAGUAAUGAACCAUCCCCCGAGCAGUGUUUAUCAGCAAGUUAUCGAGAGGACGAAGGGUGGAUUCUUCCGGACGCAGGUAUUGAGCGCUGCUGUUGCGAAGUAA